AUGUCCAAAGAGCCAGAUCAGCACCGGUUAUUACCGAGCAGCGCUGGCGAUUCAGAAGAUGAUCUAGGGUUGUCGCAACACGAGGUGCUUGGACGGAGGAAGAAGUCGAGGUGGUUCGCCAAAUCGUGCUUCUUCGCCUCAGUCUUUGUAGUCGCCUGCAUUGCAUCUUUCUGGGUUGGAACACGAGUAUCCAUGCGAAAAGCAUCGGUAGAUCAAGAAUGCGCAGCAUAUGCUUCACAAUGGUGUAAGCGACCUCAAGUCGGCCAGCAGCAGGGGUCCCCAGAGGUAGAUGAAGCUUGGGAAGAUCUAGGAGUGAACUAUCGAGCCGGGAUUAUCUCGUACGAAGAUGGUUUGGCCAGUGGAUUAAAUCCUUACUUUGUUCAGAGAGCAGCCAAGUACGGUGGAGGAUUUCUCGUCAAUGUGGAAGGAAUGCAUCAUUUGCAUUGUCUCGUUGGUCGCUUCUCCUGCUCAGAUAACCUCCAAAAACUAACAUCUUCUCUUCAGAACCUCGUACGAAAAUCUCUCUACUUCAAUUACGACCAUUACAAGCAACUAGGCGAGCACGAGUUUGUAAAUGAAGAUGUCAUCCUCCGCCCUCAUAUCAGUAGGUGCCUUGGCCAGAACCUCCCCUCGGGAGAAUAUCCUACGCCGUCCAAGAACUAUACUUACCUCGAGGUAGCCCAUUGUCUCGACGCCAUUCGUCAAGUCUUGAUGUGCAAUGUUGACACGGGGGUGCUUGGUCAGGUGUGGGCGAAUUCGGAGAAGCCAUUUCCAUUCCCUGACUUCAAUACAAAUCACAGAUUUAUGGAAAAGGCCGCAAUGAAGGCAGUUCUUUCAUUGACCCCUUCAUCACUUGACGAUCCCAGUACCCAAAACUCCUACACCUCGGGCAAACCCCUCUGCUUGUACGAGAGGACGUUAAGAGCCAAAGUUGACUUCGAGCUAAGCCUAGCCGUUAUUAUUGACGGCACUUCACCGAAUAUCUUUAGAGGUAUGGGUACUAGUAGGGUGUUGUGUCAGCCUCCAAGCCAAGGAGCACCGUUUUUUGUUCCGCUACGAAAUACCGAUAACUUCACAUGUUGGGCUAUCCGGUUCAUGGGAACCAACAGAGAGAAGCAGGGAGAGGCCUCGUCCGGCCGAAUUUAG